UGGCCAUUCAUUGUCUUCACUCAUCUCCUUCUCUCACAAAGUCACCAUGAACCAGCAAAGAACUCGUCCCAUUCAAAAGUUUGCUAAAGCAGUCUCACAAUGCUCCGUCGAGGCUACGGCAUAUGGCAAGUGUAUCGUUGCCGACUAUAACGCUGUCCACAAGGAUAAGUGUGCCAAAGAGUUUAUGAGGCUCAAAGAUUGUUAUUUAGCUGCAUCCAAGAAAACAUGAUGCACUCAUAUAGCCACAAACAACACACUUUUAAUCGAACU